CUUGAGAAUGAUGUUUAUACUUUUGAGUAAGUACAAGAAAAAGCAGUUUCUGCUGCCUUGACCUAUGGAAGCUGGAUAGGCCUUCUGCAAGCAGUUCACAGAAGGUAUCACUGUAAACAGAACAUGGACAAACAAGACUAGGAAGUCAAGUUCAGAAGAUGGGAGGCCGCGGCAACUAUAACAGAACCACAAAAACAGGAAGAACGCGUGUGCGUAAAAAACCUUCACAUGCACAGACCUGGCAACAUUUUAACAAGCGCAGGAUUCAGGAGGAUCAAAAGCGAAUUUAUCAGAUUGAGAGAGAGAACAAGAAGCUGAUGGAGCGCCUAGCUGCAAUACAACGAGGGCCAGCAACUGUAGACUGCUGGAAUGAACACUUUCAAAGGAGAUCAAAUAGAGAUGCACAGAACAGGAAAAUACUGACAAUCACCAUGGAAAAUCAGGGAAUUUUGAAAAGGCUUCUUGAGUGUAAGCCUACCAGUUACCAAAAGAAGUCUGAUACUGGGUGGCAGCAGACCACCAGAUACUUUAAACAGACUACAAAAUGCCGUAUCUCUUCUCAAGUGAAUUAGGAACACAUACCAGGCCUGGAAAGGACUCAGUGUUUUUGUCUGGAUUGGAAUCUUGUCCUGGUAACAGCAAUCUGCUGCAUGUACCCUUUUCCUAGGAUUUUUAGAAUAAAUAAGAGCAUCAAAUGUGUUCUGUUUU